ACCCCGGCUGUUAGCGCUGUGUGAGUGCGCGUGUGCUCCUGAGCCCGCUCGGCACACGUUCUAUAAAAAAUAAAAAUACAAAAAAAAACUCAAAACCUUUAAAAAAAGCCAAAAAAUCCUUUUAUUUUUUCCCCCUUCCUUUUUUGUAACAAGUCGGUGAAGCCGGAGCAGACUCUACCCGCGGACAGCACGGUAACGUAGAAGAAGAAGGAAGCGGCCUCGGUUUAACUCGAGUGUUUCAGUCGACGUGUUCAGGACCAGUAGCGAUAAUCCUGCUUUUAUCGUCAGUGUGUCACGUUGAGACGACAUUUUAAAACGCAUCGCUUUUACUUUCCACUCCAGAGACACCGCGACCAACGAGCUAGCGGCUGCUAACGUGCUCCCCCCACGAACCUGCGCCACGCUAGCCACCGUUAGCUUCGUGCUCGUAGCCGAAACCUUCCUUCUUUUUUAAAUUCGUACCGGCUACGGUUAAACUAGCCAUCGUCCCGAGUGUUUAUAGCUAGUCUCCCCCCCAGUCCCCAGCCCGACUAGCCAUGAAUCCCAGCGCUCCCAGUUACCCCAUGGCCUCGCUAUACGUCGGUGAUCUGCACCAAGAUGUGACCGAGGCCAUGCUGUACGAGAAAUUCAGCCCCGCCGGAGCCAUCCUCUCGAUCCGGGUCUGCAGGGACAUGAUCACCCGGCGAUCCCUCGGGUACGCGUACGUGAACUUCCAGCAGCCAGCGGACGCGGAGCGGGCCUUGGACACGAUGAACUUCGAUGUGAUCAAGGGGCGGCCUGUGCGCAUCAUGUGGUCGCAGCGUGAUCCAUCGUUGCGAAAGAGUGGCGUGGGAAACAUCUUCAUCAAGAACCUCGACAAGUCCAUCGACAACAAGGCUCUAUAUGACACCUUCUCUGCUUUUGGCAACAUCCUGUCAUGCAAGGUGGUUUGUGAUGAGAAUGGCUCUAAAGGCUACGGCUUUGUGCAUUUUGAGACUCAGGAGGCCGCCGAACGAGCCAUUGAGAAAAUGAAUGGCAUGCUGCUCAAUGACCGAAAAGUAUUCGUCGGUCGCUUCAAAUCUCGCAAAGAACGCGAGGCUGAGCUUGGUGCCCGAGCCAAGGAGUUCACAAACGUCUACAUUAAAAACUUUGGUGACGAUAUGGAUGAGGAGAGCCUGAGGGAGCUCUUCGUUGAUUAUGGAAAUUCCAUGAGUAUCCGUGUCAUGACUGAUGACAGUGGAAAAUCUCGAGGCUUCGGGUUCGUCAGCUUUGAGAGGCACGAGGACGCCCAGAAAGCGGUGGAUGAGAUGAACGGCAGGGAGAUGAACGGGAAACUGAUCUACGUCGGCCGCGCCCAGAAGAAGGUCGAGCGACAGACGGAGCUGAAGCGCAAGUUUGAGCAAAUGAAACAAGAUCGCAUGACUCGCUACCAGGGUGUCAACUUGUACGUGAAGAACCUAGAUGAUGGACUUGAUGAUGAACGCCUGCGAAAGGAGUUCUCGCCAUUUGGAACCAUAACCAGUGCAAAGGUGAUGAUGGAAGGUGGGCGCAGCAAAGGCUUCGGCUUUGUCUGCUUCUCGUCUCCGGAGGAGGCCACCAAAGCUGUGACUGAAAUGAACGGCCGCAUCGUAGCCACCAAGCCUCUGUACGUGGCCCUGGCCCAGCGGAAGGAGGAGCGUCAAGCCCACCUCACCAACCAGUACAUGCAGCGCAUGGCCAGCGUGCGGGCAGUUCCAAACCCGGUCAUCAAUCCCUACCAGCAACCUCCACCCUCUGGGUACUUCAUGGCAGCCAUACCUCAAACCCAGAACCGCGCUGCUUACUACCCAGCAGCUGGUCAGAUGGCCCAGCUGCGACCAGGCCCACGCUGGACCACCCAAGGUGUCAGGCCACAGCAUUUCCAGAACAUGCCAGGUGCCAUGCGUCCCUCAGCCCCACGGCCUCAGUCCUUCAGUACCAUGCGACCGACCUCCCAGGUGCCACGCAUGAUGUCCACCCAGCGUGUCGGUCAGUCUAUGGGGCCGAGACCAGUCUCUGCAGCAGCUGCAGCAGCCGCUCCGGUGCGUGGAGUUCCUCAGUACAAGUACGCCCCAGGAGUCCGCAAUCCCCAGCAGCACAUGACCGCUCAGCAGCAAGUCGCCAUGCAGCAGCCUGCCGUCCACGUUCAGGGACAGGAGCCUCUGACUUCCUCCAUGCUGGCCGCUGCUCCACCACAGGAACAGAAGCAGAUGCUGGGUGAGCGUCUUUUCCCAAUGAUCUCGAACAUGCAUCCCAGCCUGGCCGGGAAGAUCACUGGCAUGCUGCUGGAAAUCGACAACUCCGAGCUGCUCCAUAUGCUGGAGUCUCCAGAGUCUCUCCGCUCGAAGGUGGAUGAGGCAGUGGCUGUGCUUCAGGCCCACCAGGCCAAGGAGACUGCCCAGAAGCCUGCGACAAAUUCAGCUGGUGUCCCAAGUGUCUGAACUCAAGGAAUGGGGAUCCCUUGAGACUAACUUCACCGAUGGGGGGGAAAACAAAAAUUCAAAAAAAAGAAUCCAAAAGUAAAAAAUACACAAAACAAAGUAAAAGUCAAAUAUGUUAAAAAAACAGAAACAAGUCUCCAGCCAGGCUCAUCAUGAACACCAGGCGAGUUUCGCUGUGUUAAAAAUACAAAAUUCACAAAAAAAGAGGAAAAGUUAAAAUUAAAAAUGAGGAUUGAGGGGUUUUAGAAGAGUUUUGAUUGAAAGCAUUCCUUUCUGCCAUUUUAUCCCUGUUGAAUGUUUGUUGCUUGCUUCAAUAAAACUUUACAAAAUUA